CGUUGUAGGGGCAAUCCAGUACAUAUAGCGCCAUGUUACAACGUUUAUAUAACCAGCACUCAGAAACCCUAGCUUUCCCCUUUGCAGCCACCGCCGAGGCAGGGGGUUUUUGCCUCGCGCAUCCGCUCCUCUCGCCGCCUCCCCGCCGCCGCCGCCGCAGUCUCGUCACCGGAGCAACCAUGGUGGUCGCGAAGAAGACGAAGAAGACCCAGGAAAGCAUAAACAACAGGCUUGCUCUCGUGAUGAAGAGCGGGAAGUAUACCCUGGGGUACAAGACCGUCCUGAGAUCUCUUCGGAACAACAAAGGGAAGUUGGUACUCAUCGCAAACAACUGCCCUCCUCUUCGGAAAUCCGAAAUUGAGUACUAUGCGAUGUUGGCAAAGGUCGGAGUCCAUCAUUUCAAUGGAAACAAUGUUGAUUUGGGAACAGCCUGUGGCAAAUAUUUCCGUGUCUGCUGCCUUAGCAUUAUUGAUCCAGGUGAUUCUGAUAUUAUCAAGAGCAUGCCAGGUGAUCAGUGAGGACAGACCAUUUCUUUUGGUGGGUCAUUGGUUAGGUUUUCUUAUCAAGGGGUCUGAUUGGUUAGGUUUUCGUUUUUAUUGUUUUCUCUGUUAGCUUUGUGAAAUUUUCGUGGCAAGAGAGGUGGUUAUUUGAGAGAGAAGUCUUGCUCAAAUACACAAAUUUUGAAUUGUCUUUUUGUUAUGACGUUUGAUACUUUAAUUUCUGCAGUAGUUUAUCCAGUUUCACUGACUCAUUUUCUUU